GUGAAUCGCUCAAAGAUCUCCUCGAGUAGUGCUGUAUCCUCACGCGACACUGCAUCCGAUUCGUUGGUCAGUGCCACUGUCGUCUCGUCAUCCUCUGCAUCUUCAUCUGCCUCUUCGCCUUCGUCGGCCUCUUCAAUCUCCUCUUCAUUUUCUUCAUCUUCUUCUUCCUCUUCGUCCUCCUCUUCCUCAUCCUCUUCAUCCUCGUCCUCUUCCUCGUCCUCCUCCUCUUCGCUCUCUUCCUCCUCGUCCUCCUCCUCUUCAUCCUCAUCAUCUACAACUGCGCUCUUGUCUGCGCCCUCCUCCUCGUCAUAG